UUCUCCCCUUUCCCCCUCUUUGUUUUCAAAGAAAAUGUAAAAGAAAUAUUUGGGCAGACUGUUAUUCACCAUCACAUCCCUUUCAAUUGGGACUGCGAGUUCAUUCGAUUGCACUUUGGCCAUAACAGGAAGAAACACCUGACAUACUCGGAAUUUACUCAGUUUUUGCAGGAGCUGCAGUCAGAACAUGCCCGGCAAGCGUUUGCACUGAAAGACAAGAACAAAACAGGCACGAUUACCGGCCUGGAUUUUGGCAGCAUCAUGGCUACAAUUCGUCCACACAUGCUCACUCCUUUUGUGGAGGAGAACUUGGUUUCAGCUGCAGGCGGAUCCAUUUCUCACCAAGUCAGCUUUUCGUAUUUCAACGCUUUCAAUGCCUUGCUGAACAACAUGGAGCUUGUUCGAAAGAUAUACAGCCUCAUUGCAGGUGCUAGAAAAGAUGUCGAGGUUACAAAAGAGGAAUUCUCUCAGUCUGCAAUCAAAUUUGGACAAGUUACACCUUUGGAGAUCGAUAUCCUUUUUCAGCUCUCCGAUUUGUAUAAUGCCUCAGGACGCUUGACGCUGGCAGACAUUGAGAGAAUAGCUCCCUUGGCUGAAGGAGCCUUGCCUUACAACUUGGCAGAACUUCAGAGGCAGCAAUCUUACGGUGAUCUGGGCAGACCUAUCUGGCUCCAGGCAGCUGAGUCGGCUUACAGGUUCACUCUGGGCUCAAUUGCUGGAGGUGAGUGACAUGUCUCUGUGUG